UGCCACUGAUGAAACACAGUUUCUACUACACAGACACAUUCAGAGGAUUAGUUACUAUUGGCUAAUUAGUGACAAACACUUGAUCAGAUAUUGUGUACAGAAUGAACUUCAAUACAACUGUCCUCCAUGACUCCAAUGUCUUAUCCUCUGUUAAGAAAUCUACAUCGGACAUUGUCUUCUACAUCAUCAUUGUUCUCUUAGGCACCACUGGGAACUCUGUGGUCAUCUGGGUGGCCGGUUUCCGUAUGAAACCUAAUGUCACCAACAUAUGGCUGGUCAACCUCGCCAUGGCUGAUCUCAUCUUCUGCGUGUCACGAGUAACCUCCUUUGUCAGAUAUUUCAUUGGCCACUGGCCAUUUGGGGACUUUGUCUGUAAGUUUAUGAGCUUUAUCAAGUAUACAAACAUGUUCUGCAGUGUUUUUCUUCUGGCUGUCAUCAGUGUGGAGCGAGUGAUCUGCGUGUGGUGCCCAGUAUUUGCCAGGAAUAAACGGACGUUAUGUGCUGCUCGUGUGGUCAGUUUGGGGGUUUGGAUUGUGGCGAUCAUCUGCAGUUCAUCAAACUUAGUGUUCCGGGGGAUCAAUACUGAUCACAACAACUUGAGCUACUGCUAUGACAAGAAAGAAGCAAUCAAAGGAAAUCCAGUAAAAUAUGCUUUCUACUACAUUCGCUUCUUUUGUGGAUUUGUGUUUCCUUUCCUGGUGAUCUUCAUCUGCUACACACUGGCCGCUGUUGGGAUUCGUAGAACGAGACUCUCCGGCAAAUCAAGGCCUCUUCGGAUUCUUGCUUUAUUGGUUUUUGCCUUUUUCUUAUGCUGGGCACCUUAUCACAUCCUAGGUCUUAUUAAAAUGAUAAAUAAAAACCACCCAGCUGUAAAGUUAGGAUGGCGUAAGUCUUCAAAUUUAGCGUAUUUUAACAGCUGUGUAAACCCAAUAUUGUACUUCUGCGUAGGACUGAAUCUCAAGCAACGCUGCAAUCAAACGCUGUUAGGGAUUUUUCACAGAGCUCUUACUGAAGAAGACCAAAUUCCUGCACUGGAUGGCACUAUUGAGGAACAGUCUAACAGUGUUUCAGAGGCUGCUGGUACAGAUCACCAAACACCUGUAUGACUGUAUAUUGUGACUGUGUUUAAAAUCACUUAAACUUGGCUUCAUUCAUUGAUUUCAAUCUUUGAUAUCAAGGUUAUAUUUUCACAAGAUGUUCUUUACAUUAUGCAGGAUGAUUUUAGUGUAACAGUAAAACACAAAAUGACCUUAGCUGGGUUUUCAUAGGCAGGGUUACAUUUGAUCAAUGUGUGGCCCAACAUCAAAACUGAAAGUAUGGACAGUGACGAAUCAUAAGUGAUUUUAAUUUGGUUGUAUUGUUUUUUUAGUAUUUUCAGUUUUAUACACGAGCUGGUUAAUUAUUGAAUGUGUUGUAAACUAUUUUAACUGCAAACAAGCUUAUUUUUUUGUUUAGUCUUUAAACGCCUUCAAAAGUUAUACAUUUUUCUUAUCUGAAAUCUGGUUAUUAUUUGUCACUUGUCAGUGUUGCAUGUCUUUUGUCACCUCUGUGUUAGUUUGGCAGAAAAAUAACAGUAAGUGUUUUUGCAUGCACUGCCCUGAAAGACCAGAAUUCAACAAGAUCCACCCGAGUGAUAUUUAAAUCUCAUAAAAACAAAUAUAAAGAGAAACAAAGAG